AUGAAUAGAUAAUAAUAAGAAGCUGCAAAUAUCUUGUUGAAGAGAGUAAGAGAUGCUUUGAAUGCAAGAGGAACAAAGACAAUUAGGAGUUUGGGAAUAUGCUUCAGGUGUUUGGACUCAUAUGAUGGAAAUAGAAAAUUGGACAAGAAUGAAUUAAAGGUUGGAUUAGCGGAGAAUGGAGUUCAACUCUCUUGGAAUGAAAUAGAUAUUUUAUUCGCAGCCAUGGACAGAGAUAGAAGUGGAACAAUUGAUUUCGAUGAAUUCCUAGUUGCCAUACGAGGCUAACUCAACCCAACAAGAAAGGCUAUCGUUGAUUAAGCAUUCAAAAGGUUUGAUAAAACAGGAGAUGGAAAGAUAACUGUUGAUGACAUAAAAGGAGUAUACAACACUAAGUUGCAUCCAAAGGUUAAGAAUGGAUAAAUGUCUGAAAACUAAGUUUUAGAUGAAUUUUUAGUGAAUUUUGGAGAUGUAGACAGAAAUGGAUAAUUAACUUAUCAGGAAUGGCUUGAUUAUUAUGCCGCCGUGUCAGCCUCUGUUGACAAUGAUGAGCACUUUGUAUUGUUGAUGAAAAUGGCAUGGAAGUUAUGAAUCAAAUAAUAAAAUAUCAUAACAAUAGAUAUUUUUGUAAUAAUUUUA